AUGGUUGUUCUUUCUACCGUCAGCGUUCUCGUGCCGCUUUUUGCCGAGCAGUUUGGGCCGUUUGGAGUCAUCAUAUUGCGGUUCCUCAUGGGUGUUGGCGAAGGAAUGAUGAUUCCUGGCAUAAAUGGUAUGAUCACUGGAUGGAUUCCUCUGCAUGAGAAAAGCACUGCUGCCGCCCUUCUUACUUCGGGUAACCAGUUAGCGGGAAUUUCUGGAAAUCCGAUUGCUGCCGAAUUUUGCGCAAGUACCUUUCGAUGGCCGGCGGUGUUUAUCGCCUCAGGUUUCUUCAAUGCAGUUGUUCUCAAAUGUCUAUAUUUUUGA